AUGCCCUCUUACAAGAGCACUCCUCUGUAUGGCGGGGCCCUCGUCUGCGACCUGCCGGCCAACUUUGCCGAUGUCAGCCAGAUCCGAGAGGUCCCCGACCACCAGGAGGUUUGGAUCGACAAGGACGGCUUCACGAGCAUCGUCUUUGACAUCAACGAGCGCAUAGGCGAAAAAGGCAGCUCACCCGAGAUUGAUGGUCGCGCCCUUACCACCCACUUGGAGGAGGUUGUUGGAGACGACAUUGAUCGCGUCAAGGUCUGGAACACGACUCCGACGCUAUUCUCGCGACUCGACGAAGAUAUCCCAGCAUACACCCUCAUCGCAACCAUGGCACCGAGAUCGAGCCCCGAGACUGAGAGAAGAUCGUCACCCGACUUUACUGCUCUGAUCAUGACCUUGGUACGCCUUGAGCGCGAGAUGACUGACAUUCUAAUCACCAUCAACGUGCCACACAUUAAAGGAGAAUAUGACGAGGAGGAUGUUGACCUGGAGCUGGGGAAGCAGGGUAAAUUGAUUGGCGACGCCGUCGAUUAUGCCGCCAAGAUAUGGGAGACCUUCAAGGUUAAGGACUGGGGUCUCUUUGCUGAAAUAUAG